GUGUCUUGUGAUUGGUCAAUUAUUAAAUAUAUAUUCUUACGCCGCCCUUCCUUUUCCUCUUUCUUUCACGCGACCCUCUUAAGCGGUACUACCUUGUCUUUAAACCAGCUGUUAGGCGAUCCUUGGAAGCACUGCAAAGAUGCCCAGGGAAGACAGGGCCACGUGGAAGUCCAACUAUUUUAUGAAAAUCAUUCAACUUUUGGAUGACUUUCCCAAAUGCUUCAUCGUCGGGGCAGACAAUGUGGGGUCCAAGCAAAUGCAGACCAUCCGUGUGUCCCUCCGUAGCAAGGCUGUUGUGCUCAUGGGCAAAAACACCAUGAUGCGCAAAGCCAUCCGUGGCCACCUGGAAAACAAUCCUGCCUUGGAGAAGCUCCUUCCCCACAUUAAAGGAAAUGUGGGCUUUGUCUUCACCAAGGAGGAUUUGGCUGAGGUCAGAGACAUGCUGCUUGUUAACAAGGUACCAGCUGCUGCUCGUGCUGGAGCCAUCGCCCCCUGUGAUGUGACUGUGCCUGCACAGAACACUGGGCUGGGUCCAGAGAAGACCUCUUUCUUCCAGGCCCUUGGUAUCACCACCAAGAUCUCAAGAGGAACCAUUGAAAUCUUGAGUGAUGUCAGUCUGAUCAAGACUGGCGACAAGGUUGGUGCCAGUGAAGCCACACUGCUCAACAUGCUGAACAUCUCGCCCUUCUCCUACGGACUGCUAAUCCAGCAGGUGUAUGACAAUGGCAGUGUUUACAGUCCUGAAGUGCUGGACAUCACUGAGGAGUCUCUCCAUGUCAGAUUCCUUGAGGGUGUGAGGAACAUUGCUAGUGUGUGUUUGGAAAUUGGCUACCCCACGUUGGCCUCUCUCCCCCACUCCAUCAUCAAUGGCUACAAGAGAGUCCUGGCUGUAGCUGUGGAGACGGACUACUCCUUCCCCCUUGCAGAUAAGGUGAAGGCCUUCCUUGCUGACCCAUCAGCCUUUGCUGCAGUUGCAGCACCUGCAGCUGCUGCUGAGACCGCUGCAGCACCUGCUGCUGCCAAGGAAGAAGUCAAAGAAGAGUCUGAGGAAUCAGAUGAUGACAUGGGCUUCGGUCUGUUUGACUAAACAAAAUACAGCAAACAGAACCAAAUAUGAAUCUAACAGCUUGAUUCAAUAAAAAAAAAAUCACAAA